AUAAAUCAUAAGCAUGGCCCCAAAACAAGACAUAUGCAACUCACAGAACAUGGACCCCCGCUCUGUCCCCUCGGUCUCAUCUCUCUCGGUGCAAAUCGGUGUGUGACUGAUGAAAGCCGAGGGUUUCUCUCAUUUGUAUUUUGCGACCGGCUGCCGGAUUCUGCUGCUGCUCGUGCGCAAUCCCUGGAUAGGUGGUUGCCAUGGUUUCCUGGGUCACAUGCGUGGGCUUCCUGUAGCCAGAAGCAGCAGCAGCAGCAGAAGAUGAUGCUUGGACCAAAAAACCCACAGCCAUUUUCAUUGAAGGAAAAAGCGAGGAUCCGCCGCUGAUGCUGAUGGCCUGCUGCUGACUGACUGGGUGGUCUGACUACACCCGUCUGCUACGAUCCGCUGGCUUUGUUUUUGUUUGUUUUUUUCAUCCGAUCUUUGCGUGCAUGCUUAUGUGCCUUUGAUUGAAUUCACCAAAAAAAGGAAAAAAUCGCAGCAAACCGGUUUAGUCCACAUCCAUAGACUGAGAACAGGAAUGAGUAUAGAAAUUCCUGAAGGACUGACGGAGCUGCUACAGAGCUUUACCGUGGAAGUGUUGAGGAGCCAGCCCAGGGAUUUGCUCGAGUUCGCGCUGCAGUACUUCACCCAGCUGAAGGACCGGGAGACCAAAGAGGCCUCGCGUGGCAAUGACCAGAAUUCGGCCCCGAGACCUGGGAAAGCGGUCAACUUCAUUGACGAAGCCAUGCAGAUCGACUCGGAGAACGGAGAGGAGGAGGAGGAGGACGACGACGACGACGACGACGAGGAAUUCAUAGCCCCAGUCAUAAACCGGUUCAUCAGAAGAGCAUCAGUGUGUGCUGAAGCAUUCAAUCCUGAUGAUGAUGAUGAUGAGGAUAAAGAGCCAUGGGUCACCCACCCAAAAACCGAUGAGCAGAGACAGAGACUACAGGAAGCAUGUAGGGACAUUCUCCUGUUCAAGAAUUUGGAUCAAGAACAGAUGUCUCAGGUGCUGGAUGCCAUGUUUGAGAAGUUCUCCACAGAAGGCGAGCACAUUAUUGAUCAACAUGAUGACGGGGACAACUUUUAUGUUAUUGAAAGUGGGAAGUUUAACAUAUUCGUGAAGGUUGAUGGGAUCGAUAAGCUGGUCGGCUGCUAUGACAACAGAGGCAGCUUUGGAGAGCUAGCACUGAUGUACAACACCCCCAGGGCGGCCACCAUAGUCGCUGUCUCUCCUGGAGCCCUUUGGUGCCUAGAUCGUCUGACAUUCAGGAGGAUCAUAGUGAAGAAUAAUGCCAAGAAGAGAAAGCUGUAUGAGGCGUUCAUCGAAACGCUACCACUGCUCACAUCAUUAGAGCUCUCUGAGAGAAUGAAGGUUGUAGAUGUUCUGUCCACCAAGGUGUUCAAUGAUUCACAGCAGAUUAUUGCACAGGGGGAUUUAGCGGUUUCCUUCUACAUUGUCGAGUCUGGCCAAGUUAGAAUCACCAUGAAAAGAAGCAGGACGAAAAAAGACCAGGAGGAAGAGGAGGUGGACAUUGCCACAUGUUCAAGGGGCCAGUAUUUUGGGGAGUUGGCCCUUGUCACAAACAAGCCCAGAGCUGCAUCGGCGUAUGCUGUGGGGACUGUGAAAUGCUUGGUCAUGGAUGUCAAAGCCUUCGAGAGAUUGCUGGGCCCGUGCAUGGACAUCAUGAAGAGAAACAUUGCUAACUAUGAGGAGCAGCUGGUCACCCUGUUUGGAAGUAGCCCUGAGAUUGAGCAGCACAGUGCAUAAGAUGGC